CAUGAAAUGAAAAUAAUUUCGGUGUGCUUAUUCGUCCAAUUGAGGAAUAACAGACUCACUACCGCUUUCACAAAAAAAAAACUACUUGCAAUUUGUCUUUCGUACUGUGAAAAUUGAAGAUAAAUUGAAUUUAUUGAUACAUAUAAUACCAUUACUAUCGAUUCUAUACGACCCAAAAAAACACUUAUUAUUCCUCUUCCUUUUUUCAUUUGUUUUCAUGCACUGUCGACACCUCAAGACAUGUCGACGAUUGUCACCUAGAAAUCCCAGUUCAUGUGACAAUCGUCACGUAUAUUUGAGAGCGGGAAUAAAGUGAGAGUUCAUUCAAGUGAGAUUUCUCACGGCAUACGCCUGGUGGAAUCGCGUGACAUAAGUGACAAUUGUCAUCUCACCUCACACGCCACGCAGAAUAAGGCCGAGUUUCAUGACAUAUAUUAUUUUCUUCAAUAUAAAAAAUUGUUAUUGAGUGCCGAAAUACAUUGACGCAACAAUUUCAUCAAUCCAUCAUGAAAUGAUUGAGUAAUAAGCAUUUGAAAUUGGACAGUUUUCACGAUGUGCUCGAUUUUAAAUUUUCAAUUUGUACCCCAAUAUGUUCCCGAAAGACGUAAUCCUACGUCAAAACAGUACGUUUUCCAAUAAGAAUUAUGUGAAUUACGUUGGUAAUGGGUUUAUUUUUCUAUCGCCGCAUGAAUCAUGAUUUGUCAAUAUAUUGGAUUAAACUGAAAAACGAUUUCAUUAAAAAUAUAGUAUUUAGCACUUCGAUGUUUAUUUAAAAUUAUAUUCGACGUAACUUUUAUCGAUGUCUGGGUAACGAAUAUUCGCUCGAAUAAUCGAAUACUUAUAGACAUUUCCUCGAAUGAAUCGGUUAUUGCAAUAUGCCCCUUCGAAAAUUUUAGACAUUUCUAGACGUGAUAUGAUGGUUCCCUGUUAGUUGUUAGUAGAAAAUGUAAAAAUAAACAGUAUUUUUGAUCAUAGUUUUAUAUAGUUUUUGUGGUAAGUGGAAAACAGUAAAAUAAACUCUUUUGUUUCAAAACAAAUUGAUAGUCCUGAGAAGGACUGGAAUGGUUUAAUGGGUUGUACGGAAUCUGCUGCGUUUCAGUCGGAUGUAGCAGUUCAGUUUUGGGAGCGGUAGCUUUUACGGAUUCGCUGAUGUUUUCCUUGACUUUGGCGCCAUCGGCUUCUGUGCGUCGAUUUGCGAGGGUUUGAUUGGCAUCACCACGACGGAUAGCGAGUGUGAUACCAUGCACUUCGCUCCUCUGCCUCCUUUGCCGCAUCCAAUUGUUGAUGUGAAGAGGAGCGCACCAGCAAUGCACACUAGAUUUAAUUUGAUGCUCUCCGCUGCUUCCUCUUCUUUGCUCCCUUUGCUGCAUCGCAUCCAUCGUUGGUUGCCGAUGGCUUCCUCUCCUUUGCCGCACCGUAUGGUGUUGGUUGAUUUGUAGAGCACUGCACACUAGAAGCCCAGAUGUUUGCCGAUCUGAGCGUUGAACGAGAAUGAGAAAUCCAAAAAUGCUACCGUCCUUUUAUAUCAGUUGAUAUGUGAGAAAUAGGCGCCCCCCCAUUCGCUCGCCAUGCAAACAUUUGACUUAUCGGGGAACAAAAGAAGCGAAGCAGGCGAAAAAGAAAUGACGUCAAUUUCGACCAAUCAGUACCGUUUGGAUAGGGGUUGAGAUUUUUCAAUUGUUCGAUAGUUAAUUACAUGAUAUCAAUUAUUUUAUUCAAGGUGAAUUGUUAUAGAGUGCCGCAAUGUUUUGAUGCAAAAAUCUCAUCAAUCCGUCAUAAAAUGACUGAGCAAUAAGCGUUUGAAAUUGGACAUUUUUCACGAUGCGAUCGAUAUUCAUUUUUCAAUUUGUACCCCAAUAUGUUCCCGAAAGACGUCCUACGUCAAAAAUGUUUGAUGCUUUUGGGUUUCCAGUUUCUAGUGUUGCAGGAUUUUUGGUUUCCGCUAUAGGGUGCCGUCUUGCUAUUCUUGCGGAACGACGAGGGGGAUUAUUUUGUAGCGAUGGUUCGGGAAAAACGUCCAGGUGCCGAGGGGGAGUCCCUCGUUCCGGUCAGCCUGUAACUUCCGCACCAGGGGGGCCCCGACUAUCCGGCGUUAUGUCCAUCUUCGUAUGUCCUACGUUGUCCUGCGAGGGAUACGGGAGAGAAACCCUUGUCCGUUUUGCUAUUCGCAGGGUAGCGAAAGUGUCGUUUCGCUGGGUCUGAUCGAGCGUUCCUGUUUGUUGACCAUGUUGCCGACCCCAACAGGGGUCUAUCGGUGGAGGCGGUCCAAGAGGACCCCGCCGUCGGUGGAGUUGAGGAAUCUACGGAAAUAGCUCGUGAGGGUCCUGGUACUGGUAUUGGGUAAUUACCGGUAUCUGCUCUCCAUCGGUCGUAUACGUAAGCGUUCGUGGUUGCGUCCGGAGGCAUGGUAGCUAGUCCCGCAGUCCUCGACGACCGUCGGACUUUUCUUAUCGGUGGUUUGGGGGAGCACACCGGGCGCCGAAGGGUGUUCCCUAGUUCCGGUUGAUCAGUAACUUCCGCACCAGGGGGGCCCCGGUUGCCCGGAGCACCGUCUGUCUCCAUCUGUCCCUCGUUGUCCUGCGAGGAAUACGGGAGUAGUACCCGCUUGUCCGUCUCGCUGUUGUUCGAUAGUCCCUCGUUGUCCUGCGAGGAAUACGGGGGUUGUACCCGCUUGUCCGUCUCGCUUUUGUUUGAAAUUCCCUCGUUGUCCUGCGAGGAAUACGGGGGUUGAACCCGCUUGUCCGUCUCGCUUUAUUCUAAGGUUGUCUGAGGUUGUCUGCCAGUUCCGGUCCUCCAAAGACUUCCGCACUGACAGGGCCCCGGCUACCCAACAGGAUACUGUCGAUGGUGAAUUCGCGGUUGAUUUUGUUGUCUUGGUUGUUCGAAUGAUCCUCUCUGUCUUCUUGAAUGUGAGUGUUCUCUUGGUUGUGUUUGUGAGCCAUUGAGGCAUGGUUCGGUGGUUGUCGGGCUUGUGCUGACGGACUAGAGAGGAGGUUUGUGCGUGCAACUUACGACGAAAACUCGCUCGGUUCCAGUUCGUCAUAGUUUUCUGGAUCAUCGGUCGAGACAUUGAACUCCAUAUUUAUUUUUUCGAUCGGUAGGGAAAUGUUUCCCUCAUCAUCGGAAAUCUGUAUGGUUUGGUGAUGAGGACUGGUAGAGAAUUUUUUUUUGUUUUUUGGCCGCUGUUUCUCCAUUUGGUGUUUUAUUUUUUGCCCUUGUUGUACCAGUGACGGGUUUGUUGAAAAGAGUAUGGGUAUCGGUAUUGCAGAAAGUUAGCUCAGGAAGUCUUUCCACACUGGAGUUUUUGUCAGUCCGACAUCCGUCCUUGCUACACUUCUGCGAAUUCGAUCUAUGGGGAGAUCGUGAAAGUGAUCUUCGAUUUAGUGGUAUAUUGCUGGUCGCAGUCUCUUUUUCCGAUUCAUUUGUCGUCGGCGUCUGGGGUGUUGUGAAUGUGGCAGUGGUCCUAGGUGUUGGAGGGAGAGUACUUGUAGCGAAUAGAGCGGCUUCUAAUUCGGCGAUUCGCGCGUCUUUGUCAGCGAUUACUUUAAAUUUAUUUUUCAUCGCGUUGAUUAGGGCGUCUAUUUUUUUAUCCAGUUUUGCAGCUUCCUGUUGAAGGAGUGUUAUGGCUUGGUCUUUCUUCGUGUUUUCAGUCAGUAGUUGUUCGAGCUUUGCGUUGAGUUGUUUUAAAUGGGUGGCGUUGAUUUCAAUAACUAGGAUAGCGGUGGUUUUGUUUCGAUGUGCUGCGUCGUAUAAUCUUUUGGCGGCGGGGUAACCAAUGCCCUGGUCUACCAUUAGAUGUUGCACUUCGGUCUCCUUGACGAAUACCGGACAUUUUUUGCUGCUGACUGCAUGUAGGUUGCUGGAACAAUGCUUGCAGUAAGUACUCGCAGUGCAUGGUGUCUCGGGUGAGUACGGGUGGUUGCCGUUGCAUGUGCCGCACACCGGAGAUUUGACGGUACAGCGCUUCCGCGGGUGGCCGUGUUCGUAGCACCCAUAACACAGUAACGAUGUUGGGUAAUAUGCCCGGGUUCUCACUCUUAUCCAACCAAAAUCUAUAGUCUGCGGUGCCAUGGUCCCAUUGAUAAGAAUCAAGGUGGGUGUGGGAAUUACUUUGCUGGCUUCUUUUCUCGUUAUUCUACGGACACCUAUAACUUUCUGUUCUUUCAAUUCCUUCUUAAUAUCUUCUAUUUCAUAUUCAGUUGUUUCCGGGCAGUAGACAACGCAUCUACACUGAUUCAACGUGGGGUGUUCAGUGAUUUUAAUUUCCGUUCCGUCUGAUAGUUUGGUCAUAGUUUUUAGUUUGUCGAUCAACUCCUGGUUCCUCAUCUUUAUUAUGUAGGACGCACCUCUGUUUUCAGGCCUCGCAUCGGCGAUCUUGGUCCUCAAAAACGACUCAACAGAUUUACGGAUCUCGAAGGUCUUUUGGGAAGUUCUUUCGAAACCCCUUCCAAACGUAGAAUUUGUAGCUCUCCAUAAUCCUUGUUAGCAUCACCCCAUUCGGGAAAACUCCUCCUCGUAUUUAAACCAUCUCUUCUAUUUGGGGGGCCACCAUUUUCAGGAUCCCCGGGCGGGAUCAGCGGGGGAAAGAAACCCCCCGUUGCCAAAACGGGAGGUUUAUCGGUGGUUUAUUCACCAAUAUUCACUAUAUUGUGGUGUAAAACACUUGCGAAAUUGAAAAGAGUUCGCGUAUAACACAACUGAAUUUAUUUAAGAAUUUCUUUCGCAAUUCUAUCUCGAGUGGAAAAAGUGCUCUUUUAGUUUGAAAUAAAAAUACCACUGAACUGGCAACACGGAUUUGACGCACUAGAUUCGGGUACGCGAAAUGUAAAUAACAACAAACGUUAUGGCGCUCGUUCACUGUGCUAUUUUCACUUUCACACUGUGCUAUAAGCACUUUCCCCCGCGGGGAUUUCACGCGAAUCGACUAUUUAGGGAUACCGAAUCAGUUCGUUAAAACCUUCCAGGUAAGUUUUUCGUGAUAAUCCGCGGAUUCACUCCGAAGUAACCGAUGAAAAUGUUAUCAACAGGGAACGCGUAUGGUCACAACCUGAGAGAGAGGAGCCAGCUCGCGUUUGUUGUGAUCGCCCUUAUGUCAGCGCGAACCAGUCACGGUGAACCAAGGGGAAGUAUUGGAAUAUGUAGAAAAUUUUAACAUGAUAUUUCUUCGCAAAACAUUUUAUAAGAAAACUAGCUAACCCGGCAAACUUCGUCCCGCCCAUUUACUUGAUUAAUUCUCGAGUAAUGCAGAAAUUUGUGUUUUAUUUGUAUGGCAGCCACCCCUAAGAGAGGGGGGAGGGGUAUCUAACCACCAUAGAAACAUUCAUUGCACCCUAAAGAUUCCAUAUGCCUAAUUUGGUUUAAUUUGCUUGAUUAAUUCUCGGGUGUGUGUUACUUAUUGAUCCAAAAAUUUGUUUCCAAAGCUCAAAAAUUGCUUUGAAAGCAAGCUAUUGAAAUCACAAAAAUCUGUAUAUAAGCAGGUAGCAGCUCCGAAAUCCUGAUGAAUGGAGUCACCACCAAGAGCAUGUUUGUGCAAAUGAAGGGCACUGGAGCAUCGUGUUCGUUCAAGCAUGGCCAAAAAGGAGUCCACCGAAGAGAAGAAUAGUAUCGCUAAGAAGGCGACCAAGAAAGCGUCAGCAUCGAGCUGGUGUGGCUGCCCGGAAGCAAAAGUCAAACAAAUCCUCGAACAUCGCUGCAUACAAGCCGAAGCCAUAGAAAUCAGAAGCAGCUUCGUUAAAAACUACCGUCGCCACACAUAACGCACAACACGAGAGUGUUUUCAGCAAAUCAAAUCCAGUUCUUUUCAGAAAAAGUAUAUCAAAUACUGCGCUCAAAUACAUUCUUUUCGUAAUUUCUUCGAUCAAGUGCGAUCAACGUAAAAUUACAUCUUUCGAGAACUUAUAAGGGGUACAAUGAAUCUUGAGAAAAACAAACGGGAAGUGGGUAUUGUGAGGAAGGGCAGAGUGCUUAUUAAGAAUGCAGACACAGCAUCAUUUUGAGUCAACCUAUUCUUAUUUCCAUCGGACACAAACAAAAUUCCCUCAAAAUGCACCUGGGAGAAAUCAAUGUUGACUCUUUUCAUUGGGAGAUUAGCGCUUAUUUUGUAUAUUCCACGUACGCUGCAUAUUCAAAUUGUAUCGGAAAAUAUACAAUUAUGGCUCACAUUGCAAAAAUCGAUUCACCGAGCUUGCAGCAAUAAAUCAAACUGGAACCAGUUAAAGAAUGAAAGAAUUCACGAAAAUUGAAUGAACGAUCGGAAAAAGUCACAAAUGAGCGCAAAACACCCAUUAAUUCACACAAGAACUCCACCGGUCGCUCUGGGACGUAGAAUUGGAUUGUAUAGAUUUUGUGGUGAUAUUGGUCGCGGAAAUUUCUCACGUGUUAAACUAGCUGUUCACCAACUAACCAAAGACAAAGUUGCUAUUAAAGUAGUUGAUACUAGUCGUCUAGAUGCCAAAGCACUUCGAAUGCUUUCCCGGGAGGUUACUAUACUAGAAUCUGUAUUUCACCCAUUCAUUCUAAGAUUGUUUGAAGUUAUAGAAACCUUGGGUAAAAUUCACCUUAUAAGUGAAUGGGUUCCGGGUGGCGAACUUUAUAAUAGAAUUGCCGAAGUUGGUCCGCUGGAAGAGCCACAUUCUGCGUUUAUUUUCUAUCAAUUGUUGAUGGCUGUGAAACAUUUGCACAAUUUAGGAUACGUUCAUCGGGAUAUAAAGGCGGAGAAUGUUUUGUUAGUAAGCGAGGAUAGAAUAAAAUUGGCUGAUUUUGGUUUUAGUACUCAGCUUAUCAAUGGACCUUGGCAACAUUUAGAUACCUUCUGUGGCUCUCCUCCUUAUGCUGCCCCGGAAUUAUUCAGCGACGAUCAUUAUAUUGGCGGUCCAGUAGACAUCUGGGCCUUGGGAGUAUUACUGUAUUUUAUGCUGCAUUCAAAAAUGCCAUUUAAAGCAACAACAGUUCCUUUAUUGAGAGCAGCAGUAUUGAAAGGCGAGUUUGAAAUAUCUUCCAGUGUUAGUUUACCAUGCUGCAGAGUAAUACAACGCAUACUUGUGCAGACACCUUCCCGCCGACCAACCAUUGAACAACUACUGAAAAGUCAAUGGUUCGAGUACGCACAAGCUUCGAAGCAUAUCGUUAAUAAAUUAGGUCAUAGUCGGGAUAAUACUCAUAGCGAAGUUCCUAUAACACGUAAAACACAUUUUUGGUUGUUUUCUACGAGAGGCCAACAACGACAACAUCCUUCAACACAGUCUUCGAGCUGCAAAAAUACAGAUGCUGCCAAUCAAUAUGAAACAACAGUACCUAUAAUGCGCACUAUUAAAUGUAGCACCAAACGCGCUGGUAGUGUUCUAGAAGAAAGCUUUUUACAUCCAUUGGAACCCGGAGGUGUCGACUUAAACCAUAUCAAUCAGUUAGAUAAUAAUGUGUCGAACAACAAUACUUUUAACUACAACGAACUGUCAUCAGCUAAAGGUCGCAAAUUUUCUUUUAGUAGAGCAGUGAAAAAGCGUAUAAGUCCUUUAGAAAUCACAAUGAUGCACAACAGUAAACCAAGCAACUCAGAAACAUCUACAGUUGAUUUCAGAGAUCGCCUUGUACAACUCAUCGACACUGAACACGGGAAACAUGUUAUGUAUCCUACUACAAUACAAUCUGUGAGAAUGCAUCCCAUCGAAAAAGAAUCACGACGAUUAAUGGAGAAUUUAGGCAUUUCAUCGGACAUACUUGAGAAGUCUGUUAUCAGCGGUCCACGAAGCGAUAUUAUCGGAAUUUAUAGAAUAUUAGUACAUCGUUUACAGAAAGAACAAACAAUAACUAGUCUUACAGGUGAACCUGUUACAGUGGGUUCUUUACCCCGAAGUCUGUCGACUACAUUGACGGAAGUUAAACCAAACAAGAAAAAUAGUAACGGGAAUAAAAGUAGUGAAUCAAAUGCCAUUUCUUGUGCCAUUCUCUGAAUGUUAAUAUGAAUUUUGUUAAUUUUUGGACGAGAUAAAUUGAUUCGUUCAUUAAACCACACAUAGUUAUGAAUAAAACUUUAUCAUAUUCACAAAAGUU